GUUUUCCUAACCGCCCAACAAGACCCUCUUAGAUUUCGAAAUGUAUGUUCCUUGAGGCCUACUCAAUAAACUUGCCGAUAAAGCAACUCUUCCACCCCCUUUUCCUCUCCACCACAAACCCCAAUCGCUUCAAUCCACCACAAACCCACCACGGUAACUACUUCCGCCACCAUGAUCAACGGCGGCGUUACCCUAAAUCAACCACCGGAGGACGAAAUUGACCCCUUUUUACAAGGGUACAACCCUAGCGAUCUUCGAACUGCCUCAGAGUUUCUGUCUAAUUGGCUGCCGUUUCUCACUAAAGACCUCUGCGAUCACUGCACCGACCUUAUCUCUGAUCGUGUUCGUUCUAUUAAUCCAGGUGAGAUGCAAGUUUCAACAAGUCAAAGGGAAACGAAUGGGUAUAACGAAGAUAACCACGAUAUCAACGACACUGAAGAUACAAACUCGUUGGGUAGCUGGAAAGAGGGAGCGAACGGGGCAUCAGAACACGUUGAAGAAAUUUCACGAACCGAAACGGUUCAAUCACCAGAGCGCGUUAAAAGCCCUAGGCCACGAAUGUCAUGGGCUGACAUGGCACAAGAGGAAUUAGAUGCCGACGAAGAAGUCGAAGCAAGCGGGAAAGUCGGUAAUUAUAGUGGUCGAUUGGGAGAAACGAGCGAACCGAAGCCUACCCGAAAGCCAGAAUUGUCAAGAGAACAAAGGGAACGUAUUCGUUUUAAUAACGUUAAACGAAAGAAAGAUUUUAUUUGUUUGGAGAGAGUUAAUGGCAAAAUCGUGAAUAUUCUUGACGGACUUGAGCUCCAUUGUGACGUAUUCAGCACGGUGGAGCAGAAGAAGAUUGUUGAUUGUGUUUAUGAUCUUCAAGAGAAAGGAAAGAAUGGAAAAUUAAAAGAACGUACGUUCACCGCUCCUCAUAAAUGGAUGAGGGGAAAAGGGCGCGUUACUAUCCAAUUUGGAUGUUGUUACAACUAUGCAACCGAUAGAAACGGUAACCCGCCGGGGAUACUGCAAAACGAGCUAGUAGAUCCGAUACCUCCGCUCUUCAAACUUAUUAUCAAACGAUUGAUAAAAUGGCAUGUUCUUCCUCCUACGUGUGUACCCGACAGCUGUAUAGUAAACAUUUACGAUGAGGGUGAUUGCAUCCCGCCUCAUAUCGAUAAUCACGACUUUCUUAGGCCGUUUUGCACGGUAUCGUUUCUUAGCGAGUGCAAUAUAUUGUUUGGAACCAACUUGAAAAUAGAGGGUCCCGGGGAGUUUUCUGGUGCUUUUGAGAUACCGUUACCGGUUGGAUCUGUUCUUGUUCUAAACGGAAACGGUGCAGAUGUUGCCAAACACUGUGUGCCAGCAGUUCCUACCAAAAGGAUCUCAAUUACAUUUAGAAAAAUGGACGAGUCGAAACACCCAGCCGGGUUUAUUCCAGAACCAGAUUUACAAGGACUCGAGCCGCUGAUGUAUGAUACAGACAAGCCUAAAGGCGGUUCAAAUGUAUACAGACCGAACCGUCCCUCAAAUAGGCAAAAUAUGAGAAGAGAUGAUAUAAAUGACGGCUCACGAGGACAUUCACAGCCUCGGUUUUACGGUCAAACUAGACAGCAAGGUCCUAGUUUUGCAAAUGGAAGGAGAACCAGGUUAGAAUAUUAAUCUGGGCUUAAAACAAUACAAAAUAUCGAAAAAGUAUGAAGCGAUUUUGUUUGCUGAUUGGAUAUGAACAUGAAGAAAUAUCAACUACAAGAAGAUUUGUUAGUGUGUUUUUUGUGAUGAAGUUGUGUACGUGUAACCUCGUUGAAGUUGUAAUUCGAGUGUAACCUCAUUGAAGUUGUAAUUCGAGUGUAACCUCGUUGAAGUUGUAAUUCGAGGGUAACCUCGUUGAAGUUGUAAUUCGAGUGCCUGCUUGGGAAGCUAGUGUGGUUUGAUUUCAUGGGUUUGAUUUGAAUGAUGAUCAAGAACAAAGUGUGUGUUAUAAUGAUGUUAUAUGAAUUGUAAACAGGGGUCUCAAAGAGAUUUAGAUGUUAUAAAAUAUUAGAAAGACAAUAUUUUUUCUAUAUAUUUUUUUAAAUUUA